AUAAACCCUUAUUAUCUUUUUUUCAAAAUGGGUGGGAUCUGCUCAAGAUUAACUUGUGGAAAUAAUGAGAAAGAAGAAGAUGAGAGUAAGUUUGUUGGAAUACAAGUGGCUGAUCCGGUAAAUAAAGAGGGUGUUUCACAAAAAGGUAACAAUGAUGGUUCUGUAAAUAAGUUAACGAAAAACGGUGAAAAGCAAAAAGAUAGCCAUAGAUUAUCGUUAUCUGAACGGGUUCUUGGUUCAAAAAGGAUGCAAAAGAUUAAAAGCAUAGUAGGUGGGACUCAAGCUGCACAAAAAGCAGCCGGUUGGCCAUCAUGGCUAACCUCAGUUGCUUCGGAGGCCAUACAAGGAUGGGUUCCACGCAGUGCAGACUCUUAUGAGAUGCUAAACAAGAUUGGCCAAGGCACAUAUAGUAGUGUUUACAAAGCCCGUGAUCUACAAAAUGACAGAAUUGUUGCCAUAAAGAAGGUGCGGUUCACAAAUAUGGACCCUGAAAGCGUCCGUUUCAUGGCUAGGGAGAUUUGUAUAUUGCGUAGGCUAGACCACCCAAAUUGUAUGAAGCUUCAGGCUUUGGUUACUUCAAAGUUUUCAGGCACCUUAUAUCUUGUAUUUGAUUAUAUGGAGCAUGAUCUUGCUGGGCUUUUACAUACUCAAAAAGUCAAGAAAUUUACACUGCCACAGAUCAAGUGUUAUAUGCAACAACUUCUUCGUGGAAUGGAGCAUUGUCAUGCUCGUGGUGUUCUACAUCGAGACCUUAAGGGGUCAAAUAUUCUAGUUGAAAACGAUGGAAUUCUCAAGAUUGGAGAUUUUGGUCUGGCUGCACGAUUUGAGCCUGGCCAAAAAGAACCAUUAACAAGUCGUGUUGUAACUCUAUGGUAUAGGGCUCCUGAACUUUUAUUUGGUUCAACAUCAUAUGGUGUUGCCAUUGAUAUGUGGAGCAUAGGCUGCAUCCUUGCAGAACUUUUUGUGGGAAGGCCUAUCAUGCCAGGAAGAACUGAGGUUGAGCAAAUACAUAAGAUCUUCAAGCUUUGUGGUUCACCAUCAGAGGAAUACUGGAGUAGAUCAAAGCUGCCUCAUGCAACAAGUUUUAGGCCUCAGCAUCCUUAUGAGCGUCGUAUCACUGAAACAUUCCAACAAUACAUGCCUGCUUCUGCUUUAGCUCUUUUGGAUACCCUCCUUGCAAUUGAACCAGAUGCACGUGGUACUGCAACUUCUGCACUUGCUAGUGAGUUCUUCACAACGGAACCUCUUCCUUGUGAUCCAUCCAGUUUACCUGUAUACCCUCCAAGCAAAGAGUUUGAUGCUAGGUACAGAGAAGAGGAGGCUAGAAGACGGAAAGCUGAAGCGAUGAAAGGACAUGUUCCUGACUCUGUUACGGUUGGUGUCGCGGAAUUUAAAGGACAAUCUAAAGUACAGGGUCAGUUGAAUGUAAGAAAUUACAAUCCUCAAGGGGAAGUCAGAAUAGGCAAGAAAGGGUUUUACUAUUCUAACUCAGAGAUCCACCAAAGUGCUGCAGCAUCAUUGACCAAGAACAUCCUAAAGGAUGACAUGAUGGGUGCGAGUUUAAGAAUGGCACUUUUACAUAAUGAUCCUGCACCCAAAAGACCAAUGAACAACAUAGAUCCAGUACAAGAAUCCACAAAGCUUGAUCAAAGGACAGGCAAACCCACCAUGGCCCAUGCAAAGAGGAUAAACAGGGUUUAUUCUGGACCGUUGAUGCGACCUGGUGGAAACACAGUAGACAUGCUCAAUGAACAUGAAAGACAUAUUCAAGCAGCAGUUCGGAAAGCACGUGCUGACAAAGCCAAUAGUAGAUUGGUAUAACCAAUUAUUGUGAUCCA